UUUCGUUAUAAAUUAACAUGCCAAAUGUUUAAGAAAUGGAUUCUUUCGAUGUAACUGAUUUUGAGAAAGUUUGCCGUAUUUGUAUGAAAUUCCAUAAAACAUUAUUAUCAAUUAUUUCGUUUGAAAUAAUUGAUAUGAUAAAAGCGUGUUCUUCAGUACAGAUUUGGGAAAAUGAUGAACUGCCGAAUCAGAUAUGUAACGCUUGUUUUCUUCAAUUGCAAAAUGCCAUCAAUUUCAAACAACUAUGUGAAACUUCAGACAAUGAAUUUCGUAAAAUCAUUCGCCAAAAUAAAAUUAAUGAUUUAUCAAGUAAUCAACAUGAUUUUAUUAACGUAAAAGAUGAACAAUUCGAAUAUUACGCUGAUGAUGAUUCAAUAAUAGAUAUCAAAGAAGAAGAUGUUUCUGAAAAUGUUACAAAUGAAAAUACUGUGGAAUUGAAUGGAUUUCAAAUGCCAAGUAAUCCCGAAGAAGAAAAUGAUUCGCGUGAAAAUAUUAAAGAGGAUGAAAAUGCCAUAGAGAAGUUUAAUUGUGAGAAGUGUAAUAAAGAGUUUAAAAAAAUAUGGGUUUUGGGUGUACAUAUGCAUCGCAUUCACAAAGCCAAAGCAUUAAAAUGUAAUAAAUGUGAAGUAAAAUGUUAUCAUCCAUUACAUUUAAAGGAACACCAAGAAGUAGCGCACAAUACAUCGAAUCUAACUUGCACUAAAUGUAAAAAAGUAUGUUCAAAUAUUUAUAAAUUAAAAUACCAUAAAUGUAGACGACGUUCAUCUAAACCGUUACAAUGCCAACGAUGUGAGGCAUCAUUUAAAGACAAACCAGAACUAAAAUGUCACAUUAAGGAAGCACAUAAACAUGAAAAAAAGUUUGUGGCAUGCCAUAUUUGUGGCAAAUCAAUAUCGAAAUGUUAUUUAAAAAGUCAUUUGUCAACGCAUGAAGAACGUGUUAAAAUCAAUUGUGACAUAUGUUCGAAAACAUUCGUUAAUCAGAUUACAUUGACAAAGCAUAAACUAAUACACGAAGGCAAACGAAAUUUUUUAUGUAAUAUUUGUGGAUAUGCGUCACGUAUUGGAGCUGAUUUACGUAGACAUUUAAGAACUCAUUCAACCGAACGACCGUUUAGCUGUAAACAUUGUGAUAAAACGUAUCGGUCUGAACUUAAUUUAAAGGAGCAUAUCUCGUGCGCACAUUUAAAUGAACGAAAGUUUCAGUGUCGGUUUUGUCCACAAGCGUUUAAUCAUAAGAAAACUUUAGUGCAUCAUGAACGACGUCAUACGGGGGAGAAACCACAUAAAUGUGAAGUGUGUGGUAAGAGAUUUAUACAAAAAAUAGCAUUACAAAUUCAUUCAAAAACACACAUAAACUCAAUCGAGCAUUAUAUGGGAAACUAAAUUUA